AUGUCCAGAUAUGUUCCUCUACAAGCUGGAGCAUCAACUUUUGUUAGACUGCCCAAAGAUAUCCAGAUGAAACGUGCAGUCUUAAACAUCGAGAACCACGACGAGUACUGCUUCCUCUGGUGUGUUGUGGCAGCAACACACGAAGCUCACACUGGACAUCUGGAGAGGACAACAUCGUACCCUCAUUACAGCAGCAUACUUCAGUAUGAAGGUAUUGAUUUUCCAAUUACCCCGAAAGAUAUUCCAAAAUUUGAAACGUUAAAUAAUUUGUCAAUCAAUGUAUACGGGAUUGAGUCAGAAUUGAACGGUUUCGGAGAUGAAAAAAAAACAUCUAUCAACAACAACAAUGAUGACUGUUUCAAAUUAAAUAAAGUCCGUAUGAAAUUUCCCACUAAUGAAAACAAAAUGUUAAAAUUUAAAAACUAUCGUAAUAAAGACUCGGUACCGUUUGUUGUCUACGCAGACUUAGAGUGUACACUAGAGCCUCAGGGGGAUGAUGAUAUUCAAAAUCACGUUCCACACAGCAUUGCAUUUUAUCGUCACUGUAAUUAUGACAAUAAUUUGUCAAAAUUUGAAAUUAAUCGUUCAUCUGAUUGCGUAAAGUGGUUUGUCAAUAAACUUGAAAAUUUCGCAUUUGAAGUUGAGCAGUAUUUAAAAAAUCCUAUACCUAUGAAACCACUUGACAAACAGCAACAAAAGAGUCAUGAUCGGUCAACUGUUUGUCAUAUUUGCGAAAAAACAAUAGCCUCUGAUCAAGAGAAGUGCUAUGAUCAUUGCCAUUUUACGGGUAACUAUCGCGGACCUGCACACAUUUCAUGCAAUUUAAAUUAUCCGAAAUCUCAUGUAAUACCGGUAGUAUUUCACAAUUUAUCUGGGUAUGAUUCUCAUUUUUUCAUUAAAUCAUUAGCAACUGUUUUUGAAGAUUCAUUCAGAUUCAUGGCAUCAAGUUUAGAAAAAUUAGCAUCCUAUCUUGAUGAUGACAAUAAACAAAACACAAAACUUCAUUACCCAGAUCCAGAAAAAUUCCAAUUAGUUACUCGCAAGGGUGUAUUCCCGUAUGAAUAUAUUACAGACAUUGAUAAGCUUAAUGACAAACAGUUGCCCGAUCAAAACUCAUUUUUUUCAAAAUUAUCUAAUAAUGGUAUAACUGACGAUAAUUAUGCAUUUGCUCAACUUGUCUGGAAUAAAUUUAACAUCAACCCGCUGCACUAUUACACAGCGCCCGGAUUAGCUUUUGAUGCAAUGCUGAAGUACACUAAUGUGGAACUGGAACUAUUGACUGACCCCGAAAUGGUACUUUUCUUCGAGAAAGGUAUACGAGGUGGAGUGUCUCAGUGUACUAAUAGGUAUGCGAAGGCCAACAAUCGGUACAUGGGUAAUGAAUUUGAUGUUAACAAACCCGAGUCAUACUUGAUGUAUUUUGACGUCAAUAAUUUGUAUGGCGCGGCAGUGAGUAUUCCACUACCUAAAGGCUCAUUUGAGUGGGUAGAUGAACAUGAUUUAAAUAAUGUAAAUAACUUUGUAAAUGCCAAUGACAAUGUAGGAUAUAUUUUAGAAGUAGACUUGCACUAUCCUCAGGAGCUACAUGAGCUACACAAAGAUUUACCAUUGUGCCCUGAGCACUUUUUACCACCGGGUAGCAAGUCUACUAAAUUAUGUUUAGGAAUGCAGUUAAAAAAAAUUCAUCGCGUACUCAAAUUUGAGCAAUCCCCAUGGCUAAAGACAUACAUCGACAAGAAUACAGACUGUAGGAAGGCUGCCCAAAAUGAGUUUGAGAAGAAUUUCUUCAAACUCCUUAAUAACGCAGUCUUCGGUAAGACUAUGGAGAAUGUUAGGAAACACAAAGAUGUUCAAUUGGUUACAAGAUGGUCUGGUCGAUAUGGUGCAUCAGACCUUAUUUGUAAACCUAACUUCCAUAAUCUUACAAUGUUUGAUAAAGACAUGGUUAUAGUGGAAAUGAAAACAACCCAGGUAUAUUUUGACAAACCUAUUUACACUGGGUUCGCGAUUUUAGAUCUAUCAAAAAUACUUAUCUAUGAUUUCCACUGUAACUAUGUCAAACAGAACUCCACAAACCAACAAUCUAAGUUGAUGUACACGGACACCGACAGUUUAAUUUACUACUUUACAGUACCAGACAUCUACGAAAUCAUGAAACGUGAUAUUUCAAAAUUUGAUACGUCGGACUACCCCCCUCAAAAUUCGUACAAUAUGCGAAUAGCAAACAAAAAGUUCCAAACACAACGUGACGACAGUAGCACAGCACAAAAUAGCCUUAAGCUGGACAGACGACAAACGACAACUUUUGGACAACUCAACCGACACAUUGCCAUGGGGAUUCACAUCAAAUAA